ACUAUCUGUGAGAAUCUGAAUCUUGUUUUGGAUCUCGAUUCAAGAAUCUGUUUAAUACAUUGUGAAGUCAUCUUUGUCUUGUGGCCCGAUCCCACCACCAACAGAGAGACCCAGUCGAUCCAAAAAUGAAAAUCGAAAAGUUAAUCAUUUAAGAAUCAAAAAUGGCUGAGAAUGAACAAGAAGAAAGAAAGAAAGAAAAAGAACUAGUGUGAUCUUCCCCAAUCGGCUGGGUCUAAAAUGGGGCUAGUUGAUAAGAUCGUCACGAAAAAGAAAUAUUUCACGUGAACACCAAGAUCUGUCACCCUUUUCCUGCCCAUCGGUUGAAACACACUUGUAAAUCGAAAUAACAAUGAAUACAUCCGAAAGAACAUAUAGACAAUUCAAAUGAAAGCUUGCCGCGAAUAUAUAAGAUCCAUCAUCAUUCUUCCUAUAUACUUUCUUAUUGAAUAAGUCGCCGAUUAUCAACUUCCUGUAGUUUACCCUGAAUACUUGUUCUAUCUCCAGAAUUUUUGUUUGUUUUUUCCCUGCAUAUAUAACCCUCUCAUAAAUAAUUACUCGCGGCAAGUUAAACUAAUCAAAAAUGGUCGACAAGAAUCUGCAAAAGCAAGCUCCCAAAACGAGCGUGGCAAAAGGAGCGGACAAGCACAAGCACAAGAGCAUCCACAACAUUCAGCAAAACGCGCCAUCCUCUAGCUCCUCCUCCGCAACUAGUACAACGUCACACGCAGCUUCCACAUCAAUAAAUGCAGGAAAAAAGUCGGCCACAACUAGCACCAAGACGCAGAAGCCUAAAAUCCCUGCAGGAAAGGACAGUAUAUCCACCUACGACACAGAUCGCACAUUAGCAGCCAUUGCCGAAGAAGAGGAGCUGGUAGAUCACAAAGACAUCGAGAUGGCAGAUGAAGGAUCUCCCAGCAUUCGAAGUGGAGAACUACUGGCCGAGGAAGAGGAAACGAUGAUGAUCAGGGGCGAGGAGAGUAGUGCCAAAGAAAGACUACUUCCGGAGGAUCCUGAUGAAGACUAUAGGAAUCGAGCCACUACAUCUAGCAACACAGGAAAGAGAGCACGCGAUAGCCAUCAAUCUCCAUCAGGGACUCUUCCCGCUCAAGCGCAACAAUCGAAAUUCAGCACCUAUUCUUCAUCGAGCAUACAUGAACACCCAGCACAACAAGCAACAUCAAGCUCGGAAACUUUCAAGUUUGGCUUGGGCAUGGCGCAAAAUAGAUGGGAUGAAGACAAUGCACGUGAACCGGCCUGGGCAGCCCUUGGAAGGGGAAAAAAGGGCAAGGGGAAGAAAGGAAAAGGCAAAUCCAACGAAAAGCCGCGAAAUCCCCAAAUAGAUCUAGAGCCCGUCAUUUCAAGCAACUUAGCCGACCGGGAAGAAUUUCCGAGGGACCAGAGCGGACGAGACAUAGCGCAGGAGAUGUUCGCACUAAGACGCGCAGAUGCUCUAGGGCCAGACAACGAACCCAUAUGGGGGCGCGUGGAAGGAAAAUGGCAGCUGCCACCGGGUUGGUUCAAAUGUGUAUGUGAGUGGAGCAGCGAGAGCGGGCAGUCCAUGUUUCAGCUAACCGAAACGGCAAAUUCGAAGUGGUUCGAUUUCCUAACAUCGGAACAAUACGAGCAAGCCUGCUUUCCGAUGUAUCGAAACGAAAUGAGUUACGACGUAGAAAAAGCGGAAACAAUAGUGGCGACGGUGGUCUGGGUUUGGAAGCGUUCCUGGGGGCGCUAUAGUCUGAAAGUGGACAAGGUAAAGCCUCUUCUUGAUCCCUCCCGGUGGAUAAUGAAUGCGGAAACGAUGAUGCCCGAAGCCCCACAUGCUGACAAUGGACAGGACUACGGUAUGCAAGCAAUGCAAAGCGCACAUGACACGACAGAAGUUCACGAAGCAAGCAGAUCGAUAAAAUCUCACAAGCUCGACGCAGAGGCCAUCCUCGCUCAAGUCGCGAUAAUGAUAAAAGACAACAACACGAAUCUAAAGCGCGAAAUUCAUGAAACGAUACAGGGCGAGCUGGUGGAAAUCAAGAAGGUGCAGAGGAAACAUGACAAGGGCUUUAAGAAGUUGAAGAAAUUGAACUUCCUGGCGCAUGCGAUGAAGCAGUACCUCAUGCGGGAUAAUUUAAUGGAAGCAACCAAGAAGGACAUGGAGAAUGCGUCAUCCUCUUCAGCGUCGGCAUCAAGUGAAUCAGAAGGAGAUGGAGAAGAAAAAAAGACCAGUGCUUCAAGAAUUCAAAAAUUAUCAAAUAGUAGUGAGCCGGAUCACGAAGGGAAAGGAAGGAAGCACGCUGUCGCCUCACUGAUGAAAGGCUCAUACUCCGAUGCAGGUGGAUUUAGUUCAAAAGGGAACUCCAUGCAAAAAUACGGGAAUGUCGAUGGACGCUCUGCAGGACUCUACUACGCGGAUGACGAAAAGGAAAAGCGCGAUUCAUUCAUGAAGAACGAUCUGCAAGCAAGCGCAACAAAAUUGAACGUUUUGCCAACUGGAAACGCCCAUCCCUUAUCAAAAGAACAAAACCUGGCUGAGGUCAACAUUAUCACACCCGACGCAAAAAGGACGAAGCACGCAAAGCCAAGAAGCUCUGAGCUGGGAAUAUUAGCUGAAGGAGUGGCACAGCAGGACGCUUCCGCUCAAGAAAUAUCGCCUCUCACUUCAGGAGAAAUGCAGGCUGUUGGAGAUGCUGGGCAAGAAGAUAAUAGAAGCGGCAGAGCAAGGGAGGAGCAACAACUACCACCACUACCAGCUCCUGCUAGACUGCAAUUUGAUCAACCUAACCUCUCUAACCCUCCCCGGAUAGCAAGUAAAAGUGCUAUUGCGGAAAUCUUCUCACCAAUGGCGAAUGCAAGUGGACUGGAUGGAGAUGACGCCAUCAUUGAGAAGGAAGAUGAGCAGAAUGCGGGAAAUGACGCGGAAGCAGCGAUGCUGCAUGAAGAAAACAAAUCGACUGCGCCAAGAGGAGAACAAGGAAGACAAGAAGACACGAGUGCAAACGCAAUGGAAAUGGAAAAAGGCGAUGAAAAUAGUGGAAAAAAAGUCGCUGAUGUCGCUACUCCGACAUCCUCCCAUAAUGCUGCAACACUAGGAGAUCAGCAGAUGAAAGCGGAACCAUCUCAAGUUGAAGAGGCGGUGGGCGAUAAAAUCAGGAGCGUUGGAGACAAGAAGGAAGAUCUAGCGUCCAUCUCCUCUGAAGAAUACCGAAUGCCGCCGCUUCCGUAUAACCAAGAACAGCUCCCCCCACGCACUGGCCCUGAGACGCUCAAAGCCUUUUUAGUGGGGAAUAUUAUCAAAGCUUGCUCCAAUGACACUCCGGAUGAAGAUUACGAAUUCAUCGCAGAAGUAACGACUAGUGCAGUUUCAAUUUUAAGUGAUUACACAGGUGGAAAAGAAUUGAACCAAGCUCAGAUGACCUCGAUUCUGAAAAUGCUUCGUCGUAUUGUGCUACACAAGGAUGGCGAAAAAUGCAAAUUUCCACGUGAUGGCGCCGGAGUUGCCUUUAGUGAGGAUUGGGCCAACAACGACUUUCGAGUCUGCAACUUGAUUGAAGCUUUACAUGCAGCGGAUCUGGCGAUUGAUUGGCCGACCCUUGCCAGUAUUAAAGCUAAAAGGGGCGAAACAGUAUCGCCCACUCACACGGGGGUCGAUUAUAUGGCGCUGAAGCAACUGCGCAUGAGGACGCAGAACACGAAUGUAAGAAGCAGUAUCUCAGCGGCGAAUGAGCUAAGGGCGAGCUAUGUUGAAGGCAUAGAGGAAAGUCGGCAAAUCAUUGCGGAAAGUACGACGGUGGACCAACUAAAGGAAAUUCCACAGAUCAGACCAAGACAGGCAGCGGCAGCGAGUGGCCAAUUCCUGGACGCAAACUACAAGGGAACAAAGGAAAGCGCCAGCUUCCCCUCAUUAGAGAAGGCCGCACUGCAGUCUUGCGAAGCAAAGCAAAAUGAGGAUAGCAAAGAGGCUCCAGUACCACAUCUCCAUGCAAAUCCCACGAGAACAAAUUCAAUCCAGUACAAGAACACUACGAUGACGCCUCGAGCUAAGCGCUCAGAACGAGAAGCAGCAGGUGCAUUGAGAUCCAGAACGCCAAAGGGCUUCAAAGCUGCGCAUGAAGAUCAACUCCGCCACAAUGACCCAGGAGCAAGGAGCGCGCCAGAUGUCAAAAAUCAAUCAGGGGCUCAAGCAUCUACCACGCAAAGCGAAGCAAAAAAGGCAAUCGAAGACCUAGUAGCCAGUGCUUUCAACAAUGUGGCGAAAGGCGUUGUUCAAGGUGAUGCCGUGUGUCCAAUGUCAUACUCGCAGUUCAACAUCAACAGCACGGAGCACAGCGAACCGGCCUGGACCAAGCAAGACAUUGUCGAUUGGUAUCUAGGAGGUUCAGGUGAGUAUGAGAAUGAGCCUUCCAGUCACUUGCCAACAACUAUGCAGAAGGCGGAAAUAAGUGGGAGUGGGCCUCUACCAGCCUCAAGGCAGAUGUCGGCACAGGCAGCUCCAUUCUUUCCAAAUCCGACAAUGGCAACAGCAGCAGCUUUACCCACCUGGGCAACGUCUACAAGUAAUUACAUCGAUUUGUGGACGAACAACGUCUCCACAGCCAUGCCUGUCGCUACCCCAUCACAUAUGCCACCGCCGCCACCUCCUUUUCCGCUUGGCACUAGCAACACGUCAAUCAACAAAAUCCCGCAGGUCCUGUCUUCCCAUCCAGAAGGAAUCACGCCGAACAUGACGGUCGCAACAGCAACCGAAAGAGGAAUUCUGCCUCCGCCACCGUUGGGAACCCAGAAGAACGGAAGCAUCUCUGUUCUUCCACAAUCCUUAGGUCAUAUGAGCAAGCUCAAGGAGGAAAAACCGAAGAGCAACGGUAUACUAGUUUCGUCUUCACUUUGCACGUCCAAAUUCAGAACAUCAGCGCGAAUAUCAGCCCUUACGCCGCGGCAAUUAGACAGAGAAUUCAGCACACCUUCUUUCUUACCUUCGUCUUCAUUUACAUCAGCCUUCGUUAACAUCUUAGAUGACAGUAGUGGCGAUGAAACAGAAGCUCCGACUCCUCACGAGAUCGAGCGAACAAGUUCCCAUAGCAGCGAGCUAGGAAUUGAAAUCACAACUACUUAUCAACUUGAUGCGCGGGGAUAUCUGAUCAAGCUGCCAAUGCAAAGAGGAGUUGGGUCCAGCGUGGUCCUGAAUAGAGAAAUCCGGUUAGAACGGGCGUUGCCAGUAGCAGAUCAUGAUGAGGAGCUGACCUUAGCCAGAAGUGACAGCUCAUCCUAUAGCAAUUUCCUCGCGUCGCCGUGGAAUCAAGUAAAAAAGAGGAAAACGCUGAGCCAGAGGACGAUAAAGCCAAAGAGCGAUAUGUGGAAGCCUUGGGAAGACGGUAGCAUAAAGGGCAGCACACGAAAUCGAUUCAGCGCUCUCACCGAAGAAAUCCCAACUCCUGCAAAAACUAGCUUGAACCAGAAUCACGCAGGCACAGUGAAGCAGAAACCAAGCGCCACAUCGGAAUCGGGUCUGUCCUUCUCGAACGCGACUUAUCAACAAAAAGUGGCCGCUGCGGAGGCUCCAUCGAGUUGGAAGUCUCAAGCAUGCAUCUCAGCGACCAGCUCUAUAUUUCUCUCCAACCAACAACACAACAGGUCAGCGCUAGCAUCAAAAGCUACUCCUGCGAAGAGACCACGUCGACAACAAACUGGAGGAGAAAGCGUGGGUGCAGAUUUGGAGAAAUUUGCCAAGAGUGCCAACGAUAUCGGAGAGCACAAAGUGGAAAGCAGCAACAACUGUGAAGGAGAUACUACAACGACGUCGGGAGCAGAGUACAAGUCAAAUAAAAUCAAGGGAGAAGAAUCAAAUCAAGAGAAACAACUGGUCGAACGAAUAGGAAGCAAAAAUAUAAGAAAGCGAAGAGUAGCGUCAUACCUGCAACAACAAAGAAAGCACUCUCCUGCAAAUGAAGUUCCAACAUCGAAAUGCGUCAACAUCCCUGAAAAUGAAAAUAGUAAAAAAAUCGCGUUCCACGGCAGCAAAGAAUUUAAAUCAAAGAACGACGAGGAAGGCUUCACCAAAAGACGCAGAAUACUCAGCUCAAGUAGAUCGUCCCACGGUUUCUGGGAACGGAUAGGAGUUGAAUCGAAUGCAAAUAGUACCAAGGUAGCGGAUGAGCUUGUUUCUAGAUCCGCCACUCACCCAUCGCAAACCGUGCCCGUUUCAUCUCCUUCAGCUGCAUACGAGGAUCCGGGGAACGAGCCACAUCGACAAAGUCCAGUCCCAAAGAUCAAAGAAGAACCAACAACAAAAAAGCAUCUCAACGCCCCGGAAAAGAUCAGCUUCGUGUUCACUCAUCAAGAUCAAAACUCUAAUAAAAAGCCUGGACGCAGCAAGCGGAAUGCGGCGAAGACUGCCGGAACUGAAGAAAGCAGAAGAAUGCAGAAAGGCGAAGAAGGGGCGCUGCUGUCGAUAGCAGAAAGUGAAAUGAAUAAAGACAAAGUCGCAAGUAGCUGUAAGCGUCACAUCAUUAGAACAACAUCCAGAAAGAAAAGCUCGCUAUCGUGUCCCGCUUAUACGCACCUUUUGCAACUGGAAGAUGAGGGGACUACAAAGAACGAUAUCAGUGCAAUCAUGCACCACAAUGAUGAGAAAGUCGCUGAAGUUGCCAGCUAUGCCUCCACUGACAAAGGCAAGCUCCGGCCCGCAUGUUCGUUGCGAGUCCAAGGAAUCGACUGCGCUGUUGUGGUAAAACCAUUCAAAGAGCAGCACAAAUAUAAACAUGAGCGCAGGCAUUCAGUUUUUGUAGUCGGUGAUCGCUCGUUAGCCGUGAAAGGCGAGUCAACAUUUAUGAAGAAUCACAAAUUGCACAGCAGUGGCUCGAAGACGCCGACCCCCAAGGAAUACAAAUUCAGCUUCGACUUCAAGAGAUCAAAACUGUUAAGAUCACUCUCAGCAAGGAGGUAUUGCUUGAGCAAGCCCGCCGAUGGUCCCUGCGCGCAAGAAUCCUUUACAACCUCUUCGAUUCCGAGACAAAAUGAAAAUCAGCUAGCGUCUUUUGCCAACGAAGAUCAGCAACACUCGCCAAGGAGUCAGGUGACGAAUAUGAAAGCUUACCGAGCGCAAGACCAAAGUGGAAAGCUCCGAAGCUUCCCGGAAGUAGCAGAAGGAAGAAAACACAACAUCAUUCCCGAAGAUGAUGGAGGGCAAACCCAUGAAGCGGAGGCAUGGCGGCCACAAGGUGGAGGAGAAGAGCCAAAUCGUCCCACUCUUCCAGCAUAUGCACGCAACAACUGUCAGCUGUGGAAUGAUUCAGAUGCGACGCCGGUUUCCUCUUACGCUGGUAUUCGGAUAGCAACGAUAAAUAUGGGCUCUUCCUUUCUAGGAACAGGAAAAAUUGCAGCCGUGUUAGCAAUAGCGCAUGCCAAAGGAUGGGACAUGGUGGCCCUAACAGAGUUCGAGUAUGAGUCUGACCUGGCGAUAAGAUCUGGCAGAUCAUCUGACCCUUAUGAUGUUCUAGGUGGACUUGAACGAGAAGAGCUGGCGCGUGAGCUCGGCGAGAGAUCUUUUGGCCCCAGAACGAAGUACACAUCUGUGCUGAUGGAUAACGGCCUGCUACUGGUUACCAGCGGGGUAGCAAUUUUACUGGUCGGAGGACAUCUAAUGAAACAGUACGAGUAUGCCUGUCGAGCGGCAAAGGAGCGCAAUGGGGACAGCGAAGUAGUGGUCGCAAGAAGAAGGGUCUUGUCGUUAUAUCUUAAGGAAGUGGUCCUACACGCAGCGUAUGGCCCUACUUCAGGAGCCUCUAAGGCCGAGAAGUUAUCGUUCUUGCACACAAUCGAGGAGGCGGUCCGAGAAUCCAAAAGACGACGCCGUGAUAGAUGGAAAACCGCCUUCGUUGCAGGAGAUUUAAAUGUCCAGGUAUCCGCAAAACACGCGAACGAGGCGCCAACAAAUGUCGGCCCGAAUGUACCCCCAGCAACAGCUGCACAGACCAAAGAAGCUGAAAAUUUGGUUACUCUGUUUAGGUCCCUCAAUCUAGUACACUGCGCUUCACAAUUCGAAACCAAGGACGAGGUAGGAUCAAACUCAAUCACCAGCCGCUACACAUUCCGCAGAGGUGAGCUGAUGUCUGAAGUAGAUCACAUAUGGAUAGCGGGAGCUGACAGACACAGGAUCCAGAAUCUCGAGCGGGUCGAAUUGAAUGAACUAGUAACCUUGGGAAGAUCUGACACCCCCUUCGACCAUGUCGCCUUGGUACUGGGAACGACGAUAAGGACGCGUCGAGAGCUUAAAGCCGAUGGCAACGCAAAGAAGAGCGCGAAUAUGGUUUUUGAUGUGUCUCCACAUGGAAGCGAGUUGGAAGAUUUUAAUAAUGGACUGCAGCAACUCACUAAGGAAGCGGGCAGUGAGAUGUCACUUGAACUGUUCAGACGGUACCUGGCAGUCAAUGCGCCUCGUUUCCUUGUUCCAAGAGCCGCCCCGCCAGCAUCUGCCGUCCAUGUUGACUUUGAGUCUGGAAGAAAGGCCUUGAGCCAAGUCUGGGAUUAUCUCCGCGAUGCGGCAACAGCUGCCAGGCAUAGGGGCAUAGGAAUCACUCCGGAGCAGGCCAAAAGAAAGUAUGACGAGGUUGGAAACUCUCCGGUCACCCAGGGGGAGUGGCUUCCAAUCCAUGACGAGCUGCCCUCCCUGGUACAGGAAGCAAAGGAAGAAGAGAAGAAGAUGCUGGGCGCGCCGAUAACACCAGAAGAGAUAAGGGACAGUCUGAAGGUCAUGAAACUAGCAGGAGCAAGGGAUGCAGACGGGAUGUGCAUGCGAGUGAUCAGCUAUCUGGAUGACGAAGGGCUAGGCGUAUUAGCGGGACUGCUGAACGAUGCAGUGUCACGGGAUGGCGUAAUCGAAUCUCUUGGGGAGCCCUUCAAUACGUGCAGAGACGUCCCGCUAUUCAAGGGUCGCGGCGCAGAGGAUGACGCAGACAACUACAGGUUCCUGGUCAUCUCUCCCAUACUUGUCAAGCUGCUUGCCAGAAUUUUUGGCGCCAGGCUUCUGAGGUUCGCGGAAAUGUCUUUCCUACUACCAGGCGAGCAGUAUGGUUUUAGACAGGAAAGAGGGACACUGGGGGCCCUAACUUUGUUCUCUAGGCUAAAGGAAGACAUGCAGCAUGCGAGAGGUCAAGGCAUGAAAAGACUGGUGAUGUCGAUGAUCGAUCUCCGCAAAGCAUUCCCUUCACUGGACUGGCGCCUGGUAAAGGGAAUCUUCAAGGCGCUAGGAUUGGAAAGGACGCCGGUGUGGAGACUGCUACACGCAACACACAGAGGAGCGCGCCACACGUUCGGCCAGGGCUCCUUCAUCCUAUCCCAUGGGUGCAAAGAGGGAUGCCCUACGAGCCCCACGCUUUUUGUCCUUUGCUACUCGGUGGUGAUGCGAUAUUUCAGGCUCUUACUAGGGCGCGCAGGAACCGAAACCGGAAUCACGCUGCUGGCCGAGAGUGGAGGAUGGGCAUCAACAAGGAGCACAAGGAUAAAGCGGGCUGUUUUUGCUGACGACAGGUUAGACGAUCCUGGUGCCAUAGUGAGGAAAGAAGAAACGGAAGACGAAGUAAGCAUGGUACUGUUCGCGGACGACACGACGCUCUUCGAACAGAUGACUGACGAGCAGGUAGUCCUCCUUGAGGCUGGAAUUGAGGCAGCACGAAAAGCAAAGCGACCACCGCCCCACACACCGAUGACGAAAGUCUUAGCUGUAGCACUGGCAGGCUCUGGCAUGAGAGAAAACGAGUCAAAACGAGCAGUGGCUGAAAUCUUGAAGAUUGACGAAAAAAAUCUUGGCAUGUUUACUUCCUCGCCGAGCGAUGUAGAGCACAAAGUGGCGAAGGCAUGGAAAGCACUCUUCGGACUGCGAACGAAGCUGACCGGGCUUGGAGGCGUUGACACAGCUCGCCGAGGCACGCUGAUUUUAGCAGUAGUGAGGAGCAUCUUGUCCUACGGACUACAGGCAAGGCACGUGCCAGAAAAAGAAACUGCACAGCUAGCAGCGGCAGAGGAGGAGAUGGCGGCUACUAUCUUGGGUAUACCCAUGUGGAAGCUAUGGCGCAGAACUGUCACGCGAUCAGAACUGUUGUCUUGGGCCAAAAUUCCGCCCUUCGAAGCUCACGUGCAAUAUUUAAGGAUCAAACACUUCGCCCAUCUCAUGAGGCAGGCGACCAACACGCUAGAUCGCAGAGCCAUAAGCGGCGUUUUUCUUCCAGACAGGAAGCCUGACGAAGAAGACAGGCAGGCCUAUUUAAAAUCUGCCUCAAGUGAUCGCACGCUGGACACGGAUCUUCGUAGAAUUGGAUCUCUGACAGAAGACUUAAAAUUAGCAGUGACUCAGACAUUUGAGGGCCAGCUAGGCUAUGCGCAGCAGCUAAUGAAGCCCCUAGUAAAUGGAGAAGAAGAAGACUACUGCAAGCGAAAGGCGGCCUUCUAUGAGAUAAACCGCAGAUCCUUAAUGAUGAGAACGGUGGAAAAAUGGAGCGCGGACCCAUCUGUUGACCCAGCGACCGCCUAUGGGCACCUUGAAUACAAGCACUUCCAUCUGAACGCCGCCGCGACACGCUUAGAAGAAAAGAAGAGGAAGGAGCAAGAGAAAGAUGAAGUCACUUGUUACUGCACUUUCGUUGCAGGAAGAGUAGCAUCAACGCGGACUGCGUGCCGACUCGAGCAAACGCCCGACCUUGUUAGUCAGCCAGGCGACGGGCUGGAGACACAAAGAACAUGUAGAAGGACUCAUCAAAGCGUUAAGUCCUCCGGUAAGUCUUGCACGCUCCCGAACAUUGCAAAGGACAUUGAAAUCCGGCACAAAGAAAGUCUAGACGUUGAUCUAUACUUAUUUAGUGGUGGAGAGAUACUAAUACCGGAAGAGAAUGGUAUAGUCAUCGAUGCUCAAACCACGCCGAGCGGUAGCUUUGCUUUAGUUACUGCCGAGGGCCCGAGCAGACCUUUCAGCGACAGGCUAAAAAUCAAAGUGGAGAUACCGGUGAGGGCUUACUUAACAAAAGCCCCGAAUGGACAUGAUGAAGGACAGGCGGUAGCCGAUGAACUAAAAGGAUGGUUCGCGGACGAAAUGUUAGUAGCCCACGAAGCAGCCACCCAGAGCAGAUGCAGAGUCCUCACGAAGCUGUUACUUCCAGGCGGCAAGACGAGUGAACUUAUGUGGCCUGGUAACAAAGCGCUGCUCAUAUUAGCCCCAUGCUAUGAACUGCCAAUAGAAGAGCUUAAGGCAGAAAGGUCACAUUUUGCUGGCGGAGUAUGUGCCGCUUGUGGAUGGAAGGUGCCCGCCACUAAGCCGUGGGAACAACAUACGGCCGAACGGAGCAAGGAGAUCCUCUCUGACCACAUCAAGAUGCAUCAUGGGAUAGAAGAGCAACCCAGCACUCUCUUGGGCGACAGGCUCGAGGAGAUUGCAAGAGAGGAGCAAAUGCAGAAAUAUGUAUCUUUGAAGUCGGCGGCCAAAGCUGGAAGAUUGGGCUUUUUCCGACGUUUAGCCUCAGUGGGCCCAAGAAGAUAUGGCUGGAAGAAGCACGCGGAACGCUAUGGCUGCAGGUUCUGCGGGCUGUCUUUCCAGACGAACCUAGGAGCAAUGCGCAAACAUACCAAGGCACACAAGAACAAGGACAUCAUCAAAGUGGCCAAGUUGAUGCUCGGAAAAAGGGGCAAGUUCUCCAGUCCUAAGCAGCUCGGAGCGGUUCGGAACGCCUGGAGGCCAGAGGGGCAUCUUCUAUGCAAAUCGUCAACGGCUGCGUCUUUUGGUCCGGAUGCGAGAUUAGCUAAAGUACUGGUGCCACGAUGUGCUUGGAAGAACGAAGAGACGAAGAAGGAGAUCAGAUGCAGAAAAUGUGAGAAAUGGGAGGUGGAUUUCAACCCGAUGGAGAUGACGCUCCGCAUGCUAUCGAAGAGAGUCGACUUGUUCAGGAAGCACGAAGAAAAAUGCAAAGGUGGAAAAAAGAAGGAAAGAGGAAAAUAGAAGGAAAAAGAGGAUAAAAGAGAAUCAAAAAAGAGAAGAAGUCAAAAAUAUAUAAGACCUUUACAAAAAGGUAAUGCAAACACCUCCUGCUAGGCACAUUCAUUCAUUCAUUCAUUCUUUCUACUAUCUGUGAGAAUCUGAAUCUUGUUUUGGAUCUCGAUUCAAGAAUCUGUUUAAUACAUUGUGAAGUCAACUUUGUCUUUCUACUAUCUGUGAGAAUCUGAAUCUUGUUUUGGAUCUCGAUUCAAGAAUCUGUUUAAUACAUUGUGAAGUCAACUUUGUCUUUCUACUAUCUGUGAGAAUCUGAAUCUUGUUUUGGAUCUCGAUUCAAGAAUCUGCUCAACCUUUCUGCUGUAGAAAGUCAGGUUCUUAGGAAGGGAACAAACACAGUAGAUCCUAACAGUGAACUUCAGUUGAUGCACAGAUCAAAAGGUCAUAGUUAGUAUCAAAUAUAGAGCAGUAAGGGUCGAAGAUCCAAGGUUCAAAGGAAAGAUCAACUCCCUUACCUUUAGAUCAGAAGAUCGAGGACUUCGACACAGCCAAAGAAAAUGAAGAUCCGAGUGAGAGACAACAUCAAGAACUAACACAAAAACAGAGACCACGACGAGCGUAAUUGCUUAUAAUAAUAAAUACUUCAAUAGAAGUAGAGGUAGAAGUUGCUUUCCAACACGGGUAAUCAUUUUCAUCUAGUUUUUCUUGCAAACAUCGCAGUGAAUAAAAUAAAUAAGUCGUAGACUCACGCUCACGUCGAAAGAGCCAAACUACUGUUUGUCACACCUCCGUUCGCAAACACCUGUUGAAACAAAAAAAAUGUUGGCUGUGCAACCGUCUUACGGAUAUGGUGCCCCCAUGAUGGCCCCAGCGCCAGUGAUGGCUCCCGCCCCGAUGAUGAUGGCUCCCGCUCCGGUGAUCGCCCCGGUCGCUCCAGUGAUUGCGGUGCCUCUCGCGCACCCCAAGACCCGCGCUUACCGUUUGUCGCUGUACAUCGCGGAGGGCUUUUUCGGAGGUGUUUUCGCCAUCAACCUGAUCCACCUGAUCAUUGCCAAUGUCGUGCCCACACUGAUGUUGACCGGAAUCAUUUUCUACUUAAGGCCGCUUCUUUUUCUUACAGUUAUUCAGAAGACCUCGUUAGAGACGAUGAAGAGAUGAAUUAUUCAAUAAUUAUUUCAAAUUCUAUUUCAUAUUCAGUAUCUUCCUUAUUUUCAGUAGUUACUCGGUUACUUCAGAGAAGUUUUUCGAAUAUUGAUUCAGAAGAUAGGGAUACUGCGAGACCUGCUUUCGAAUAUUCAGAAGAUAGAGAUGCUGCAAUGCAAUGUUGUACCCCAUAUGGAGUGGGUACAUUCAUUCUUCACUCAUCCAUUUUUAUCUAAAAAUAAGUAUAUGUAAGCUCGUCUAAUCUACACCAGUUUCACUGGCGGAGUGGACGGCUCGUUUGGUGGCGGCUGGGUCUAUGUUGUGGUCCACUUCAUGUCCGGACCGUUUGGGCUCUGGAAAGACACCACCGGAAUGCCGCAUGAACUCGAGAGCUCUGUCAAGCACUUCUUUGGGGAGGGAAUCGAACAAACGCAACAGCGCGAAUUGACGACCAAAAAUUUGGAACUUGCCGCUCAGGUCGGACAAGCGCAGAAUCGCCUAGCGACUCUGCCGAGCGGUCCAUUCUAUGACGCGUUUCGUGGGAUCAUCAAGUGCUGCUCUGCCAACUUUUUCAGCAGCUCUCUGACCCUGUUGAUCGUCCUGGCCUUGAUUCUCUUCUGCACCAGCGUCGCACGAUGCACCGAGAUCGGACGCAGGGUACUUAAUACUUGUUAAUUAAUAUUAGAAAUGAAGAACUAGGCACCGUCUCGGUAGUUCCGAACAGCACACAAAGAGAAACACCUUCUCCACACGUUUAGGGUCUUAAACACAAACAACACCAAAAAGGAAAAAAAGGAAAAAUGUCCUCUCGCUGCACUCGUUUCUGUCCUGUAUGAGGAUUCUUUUCAUCUCAUGCAAAUAAGAUUCUUGACUAUCUAAGGAUCAAAAGCUUAUCUUCACAAACUACAGGAUCUCGAUUUGCGCAAGUUCUCUCCCGGUGUUGUUACGAUGACCUUUCUGCUGAACAUUCUGAUCAUCAUGGCUGGCUCUCUGAGCGCAUCGAGGUUGAUUUCUGUGACAAAGGCAUGCAACAUUGGCGGCGUGGCCAUCGGACCGGCUGUGUUGGUGGACAUCUGGGGUGUCCUCGGAAUGGUCGGGUGCUGCUUCCACAUCCUGUUUACUUGGUUCAUGCUCCCCACCGUUAUCGAAGAGGACGACGACGAAGAAGUGAUUGUAGGAACUACGCAACAAGUGGCGUAUGCCUAAGGUAAUUCUCAGGUCGAGAUGACGAACAAGCAUCGUGCUGGGAACGUAAGCAAGUGGCCUGUCAUGCUUCAGGAGGAGAGGCUUGAAACAUGAUAUACAUGAGAAUUAUGCGGAGGAGAUCGCUUAUGCUUUUCGAGCACAGGCAUGAAAUGAAAUGUAAGAAAGAGGAGGAGAUAUUCUUCUUCGCGUGCUAAUGGAAAACAGCAGCAGGAAGAUUUUUUAUGCCAUUCUUGUUCGUCUUGGUCUUCAGUAUCUAGUAUUUGAGUAAGAAUAAGUUGCAUUUCGAUGAUAAUGCUUAGCAUUAAGUAUUUUUUCAAGAGAAAGUGGUCACACACUCGAAGAUGCAAGAAGAAAAUGUCGUUAUCGUAUGCAGCUGUAUGAGUAACUUGAAUGAGUAAGCACGCCCGUGGCUUCUAUACGGAUAUCACUUCCUUUUAGUUUUAGGACGUACAUACUGAUAGAAGUUACUAUUUUUACCUACCGAUUUUUAUAAAAAGAAGUUUUUCGUUGUUCUCUUAGACUUAGAUCUUGCACAAUGAGCAUAUCCACUUGACCAUCUGCGGUGAAAGUCUUUGGAUCCUCUAAACAGUAAAAAAAGUGCCUGUCACCUACUUACUUAUCUAAAGAAGACAAAUAGAAAAAGGAGCAUCUUCAGAUGAUCUAGAAGGGUUGUAUUACUUACACAAGAAAAUCCACUAGAAGUAGACAUUGAUAAGUAAGGUAAAACGUAUGUCAGAAGGAGUAAAGUAGAAGUCACUUGUUCGAAGCAUUCUUGGUAACCGAUGGUAGAGGUGUAAUCUUCGCGUUUAGCUCAGGACUCGCGAUCACGUCUACUUCGAUCUAUAAGUAUCUUCUACAAGUAAGUCAAUGACUUAUUUCUUAGCAGUAUCUAUUAUGAGGUCUGACGAAAAUGUACCCCAAUAUUGCAUCAAUCAUCGAGGUUGUACCUGUACGUCAUUCAUGUUGUGGCAAGAAAAUAAUGGAUAUCGAGAACCGUGAAUGCCUGUUUUUCAUCUUGUUCCUCCUACACCUAGAAGAAGCUCCAAGAGGUGUCUCUUUUUCAUCUAUCUAAAAUAGGAUUUGGUACGAAGAUUACGAGCUCCUACUUGAUGAAUCUCCUCCAGGUCCUGGAAGAAUAAACCUCAAUAUAUCCUCCAAUUAUAUGAAAAAAAAAAGUUGUCUAAAAAACGCACUUCUAGUCAAGCUCGUUGUGAACAAUUCUUUUUUUCCAAACCGUUUAUGUUGUUUUUCCUGAUUAGUUCAUUUCAUCAAGGAAAUUCAAAGGUAAACGAAAAGCAAAAAGCAGUUGUCCCACGGGACAAAAUGGCAGCAUCAGCAGUUGUCCUAGCACAAUCCACGGGAGCAUGUGAAAACGCUAUUCUUGUUCCACCUUAUAGUCGGUGAAAGCACCGAUCAUGGAUUUGGAGGUUUCUCGCGCAUGAUCAUCUAGCUCUAAAGUGUGCGUCUGGUAUCACAAGUACCAAUGUUGAUGUCGGUGAAAAUGACACGUACUACUUUGAUUCAAGAAUUUAUUUCCGACCUCUAGUACCGUGUGCGCGCGUAUAGGAGUACAGGGUCCUUACCUCAGGGUGUAAAAGCACUAGCUCGAUCGAAGAUUCGGCAUUGGUUACAACGUGUAAAAGCACUAGAUAUUUUCAGCAUUUGUGUAUUCCUACUACGUCAAAAAAGCGGAUUCCGAAGUCGGAAUUUUUCGCCGGAAAACGAAGUCAUCCAAGCUUGCGUUUCCCUUCACAAGGACGAUCUUCACAAAGAUGAUCUUCGCGAGCUUCUUGUACAUCACAGUGUAGUGGAAGUGGAUGCAUCACAUCGCCUGGAGGAGAAGAAUCUGAUCAAUUCCAGACCACUUCCAGAUUGGCUGCUUGUUGUACCAUCUACUCAAAAAACACCAUAUCGUCGUCAAAUAUUUAAUUAGUUCAUCUAGUUGCGACGCAUUCCAAUACCACGCUGCAUUAAGGGAACAAGCAGAAGAGAACUAAGCAGGGUUGAAAGUUGACCUAUCAUCUAAGAGCAUCUCUAUGGCUUCUUCAAGUAGCAAAGCCAUAGAUAUGCGAGCUAGAGACGCAGUUACCUCUAAGCGAAGUACAAGCAUGCUCGUCGUGAUGCAUGUGAGGGAGCGUUGAAUUAAGGCUAGGUGGCGAGAGGAAAGAAGCGCAUGCCGGAUGGAAUGCUUCUUAAGGCUACACUUUUUCUUUUACACCCUGUUGAAUAUUUCUGAUACUUCUUAGCUCGGGCGGCGUAUGAGUAUGUAGCUCCUGAGCCUCGAAGAGACGAUGAUAGUUGCUAUGAAGUAACAAAAAAUUACGAGAGAACAAGUAUGACGUAACUUGGUAUCAGCAUCAUGCUUACUUCGCACAUCGCGUUUAUUGAAGAAAAAAACACCGAGGCGGUGUUACUAAAAGCCAUGUUUGUUAUAAUGUCAACAAAAACAAAAAAAAACGUGUGUGUUGCAUGAUUUGAAAAACCAAUUUCUACUCUCUGAAAAGCUGAUACUUCUGCUCAUGUUAUAACAGGCCUCGUGCCGUCGUGAUGAAUGCGUCUAAU